AUUUUGGUCCACCAAGCCGGAUGCUUUCGUUUUCUCUAAGAGUAUAACUAAAUCGGAUUCGUUACUCCCCUUCAGAUCCGCUCUACCCGAACCGGACAUUGUGCGACGCGUGGAGGCGGCCAUCGGCCUGCGUUCCAGCACGGAGUCGCCGGAACGUAGCUCCUCGCCGGAGAGCGACUCCCUGAUGAUGGCCGACCGGAACGUGAUGACGCUGCCGCUGCGCAAGCGCAAGCACUACAUGAACAAGGGCGACGACGGUCAGGUGGAUUCGGAGAAGGCUAGCGGAGAUGGCUCCUCCGCCGCCGGUGGCGCCGCUUCCGUUGGCGCCGGGGAUGGACCCGGGUCCAAGGUGAUGCGGAUGAGCUCGGUCAUUCAGUUCGCCAAGGCCUCCUAGGGGUCCAAGGUCGAUCCCCAAUCAGCAUUAAGACUGUCCAAACAAAUUCUAACUGAAAUUAGCCUAAGUUUUUUCUCUGAGGUUCGGGCUUAGGCCUGGAAAAAGAAAGCAAAGAGACGUAUGGAUAUGGCAGAGAGAUAGUUUUCCAGCAGCGAAAAUGAAUAUGCCAAAAGUAUUAAAAAGGGAAAAAAUUUGUUUUAAAAUUAAUAUUACCUCCUAUUACGUUUUAUUGGCUUGAUCCGAGUUUUGUUGAAUGUUUGAUUUGAAAAUAGUUUCCCGCAUAUUGCAAAAUUUCAUUUUAGUUUGGCAUAUACAGUGUAGGUAUAGUUUGUUUUCCUGUGUUGUCACUUAGUCAAAUUGCAGCAAUUGGCAUUAUGCGUAUUAAGCAUUAGCAUAACUAAGUUAAUUAUAUAUAAAUAAUCACUUAACGAGUCCCAAACCCAAACCCAAACCGUACACAAUAAUAAGUUACGUGCAUAAAACUAUAUACACAUAUUAAUGAGAACGAAAAACCAUGGCCAUAUUGGCGCUUAAUAUUUAUAAAAUACCCAUAAUACUUAUUUAUUACGAAAUCUGCUCGCCAAACUUCUUCCUUCCCCUCCACGAUUAGUGUCAACAGCAUCUUCGACAUCAAGUACCCAUCAUUUUAUAUGCAUUUUAUACACUAAAUAAGGGAAAACUGAGGAGAAAGGAUCGGUAACUUUAAUUUUACACACGGAGAAUAUUGAACUGAUAAACAUGAAGAAAGCAAGCAUAACUAGGUUUAUAUACAUUUUCAAACCAGAAGAUAACAAAUAUAAUUAAGAGCGUCAGCAUAGUUUUUGUAAACGCAGAGUUAAUACAUAGAUUUAAAUUCUAAAAUCAAAUAUUGCAUGAAAAAACGCAAAUGAAAUCUGAAAAUCAAUAAACAAGCGUGAAAUAAACAAA